AUGGCUGGACGCGCUACUAAACAAAGUAGCGCCAUCCCAGCCUGGAGAAAAAGAAUUGAGGACCGUAUCGCAAAGGCAAGGGCCCUUAUCGGCAGACUGAUAAGCUUCAGGUCGGGUAAUAAUAGACCGAGGGUUGUGCGCACCGUUAGAAUGGCGUUUGCUGGGACAAAUAUCAGUUUGUCCCAGCCGGAUAUCACGCAGAAACUAACGGAGCGCAUAGACGACCUGAAGCAAAAGAUUGCCGCUUGGGGGAAGCGGAUUCGCCGAUUUACCGAGAGGUCAAGGCGGUUCAACCAGAAUCGUCUCUUCCAGAGUGAUCAGAAGAGGCUCUACAAAUCAUUGGAGCGACCAGAGGUAUAUGGAGCGGGCCCAGGACCGGAUCAGGCUAACACUGUCGCAUUUUGGCGUGGCCUGUGGUCAGAGCCCGUAAACCACAGCGAGGGCCCUUGGACGGAAGUUGUGGCGAGUCAGUGUGCGAGUAUUACGCCCAUGGACCCCGUCAUCAUAACGCCGGAUGACGUAGCUGAGGCGGUCCGUAGAGCCCCGAACUGGAAAAGUCCGGGACUCGACGGACUGCAUCACUACUGGCUGAAGGGGUUCAUGGUGUGUCACGCUGUGGUCGCCCGUCAGUUUCAAGAGGCUCUAAACCAGAAGUCGCUCCCUAGCCUCUUCACUACUGGGAUCACUCAUUUGGUUCCUAAAGACCAGGGAAGUGACGACCCCAUCGCCCGCUGCCGUAACGGUUAUGUGACAAAACCGCUACGUCAGCGCAGUCAGUCAGCACCUUGCCAAGAGGUGUUAGUGCCGUGCCUCGGCAAAAAUUGA